CCCCGAUCACCCAAUUUCGGCACUGCUGGCAAAAGUCAUUGGAGUCAGAGAACAAUGGAGACAUGUGAUUGGCUGCAUCUCUUGCACUCCACCUCUUCCAUCCCGAACUCGGCUGCAAGUCUUAUUUUCUCGCUGGCAUUUUCGACAACAGGCAUAACUCGAGUGACUUGCACCAGAUGCUGUGGGGAAGAGAAUAGAAAGAGCAUGGGUGGUGUCAUACAUGCGUCACCGGCAUCGGCUCUAUUUUCGUUGCAGCGAAGUGUGAAGUUCAGCUUUGGUUUGGUCAUUCUUACUUGUAUUGACAUGUGCAUUCCAAGGUUGUUAGUACAACAUAUGCCAGAAAACAAUCUUACCAAACGGUACAUACUUGGGCUGUCUGUCAGAUUUGGCACCAUGCUGGCAGCAUUCGUGGUUUUCGUUUGCAUCAAUGGACACCAACGGACAUCAAUGAAGCAUCACAUCCGCAUCAUGCAACACGAAAACCAGAGGAAACUUUCGCAGAUGAUUGUUGCAGUUGUAGCCUACUUGGUAUAUAAGGCCCUUGCUCGAUAA